AUGAAUUUCUUAGAUAAUGAUAAUAAAUUAUUUCCAAUCAUUCUUAUGACUAGUAUUACAGUAGCAUCUAUGUUAUUACAUUUGGUUCUUGCUCAUAUCUUGAAAUCAAAAACUGGAAAAACUGGAUGGCUUUUUGAUCAUGCAAUUCUAAAAUAUUGCAAAGUACCUUCAUUUUUCGUAUUCCCAGUAUCAGCAAUUCUCCUUACGAUACCAUUUAUAUCCGAUAUUGAUUCUAGAUUAUUAGAUCCAAUUCAACAUGUAUUUGAAAUUUUACUCAUAAUAUUUUCUACAUGGACAGCAAUUGGAUUUAAAGGUGAAGAUAGAAAAAUGACCACACAAUUAUUAAUUGCUUCAAGAGUUGUUACUUCAAUAAUAUUUACAUUAGGUGCGGCUUGUGUAUUAUCAACUUUUCCUACUGCUUGGAAUUUGGGAAUUGGUUUAACAGCUAGUGCUGGUAUUAUUGCUUUGGUUAUUGGAUUUGCAGCUAAACAAAUAUUGACGAAUUUAUUGGUAACAUUACAAAUUGCUCUUACACAAUCAAUUCUACUGGGUGAUUAUGUGGUUAUUGAUGAUUAUAAGGGUGUAGUGGAGGAAAUCCAAUCACAAUACAUAGUACUAAAAUCUAUCGAAGAAAAAAGAAUCUUAGUUCCAUUAUCAAGAUUAAUUGAUACCACAUAUGAAAAUUGGUCACGUACCAGUGAAAGUUUAUCAUUGGAUUUUCAUUUAUAUGUUGAUUACGGGAUUCCAUUAGAUGAUUUAAAAAAUUAUUUUACAUCGGAAGUUCGUAAAUGUGAACAUUGGGAUCAAAGAAAUGCUUAUUUAACUGGAAUUGAUAGUAUGAAAAAAAUUAUAAGUAAAAUGGAAGAUCCCGUUUUAGAUGAUGAUAUUUUGAAUGAGAAAAGUUAA